AUAAUUAAGGUAUUUAGGUUCACUGGAAGGUUCAGAGGCUGCUUUAUAAAAUUUGUUCGAAUAAGCAUGCCGCCAAAUCCAAGAGUUGCCAAAGCCUUUCAUGCUAUGAAGGCUAUUGGGAUCUCCGAAGAUAAGGUGAAGCCAGCAUUGAAAAAUCUACUAAAGUUGUUUGAUAAAAAUUGGGAACUUAUUGAAGAGGAAAACUAUAGAGCCCUUGCUGAUGCUAUAUUUGAGAGGGAGGAAUCUGAGGCAAUAGAGCAGUCAAAGAAGAUUGUGAACAAUGAAGAGGAUUAUUUGGAGGAAGAAGCUCAGGUGAAUGAGGAGCCUGAACGACCCUUAAAAAGGUUGCGACUAAGAAAUCGAGAAGUUGCUCAGGUGAAUCAGGAGCCUGAACGAACUUUCAAAAGGUUGCGACUAAGAAAUCGAGAAGUUGCUCAGGUGAAUCAGGAGCCUGAACGAACUUUCAAAAGGUUGCGACUAAGAAAUCGAGAAGUUGCUCAGGUGAAUCAGGAGCCUGAACGAACUUUCAAAAGGUUGCGACUAAGAAAUCGAGAAGUUGAAGUGUUACCUUCCUUAAAUAAUACUAGCUUGCCUGGAACUUCACUUGUCAUACCUAAAGAAGAACAGGUUGAACUUCUUGAAACAAGUCUACAGAAUCAGAAUCAGUCACAAGACAAAGCAGAUUCACCUCAGCCCAAUACUAAAAAAUUGAGGGCUGAGUCACAGGAGAGGAGCGAUCCCUCUCAGCCUAGUGCUGUCAAUAAAAGUCAGCAAAAGACCAGUUUGAGAACUGAAUCCAAUUCAGUUUCUCAUCCAAUGCGCCUGAGAGACAGAGGAAAGGGAACUCUCUCACCACAAAUUCCUUCUGGGGAGAAGAGGUCAUCUCUUGCUGGAUGCCAUAAAGAGCCAAACCUUCAGCCCAGCAUUGCCGGGUUACCCAAACAGAAGACCACUACCGGUCAUGUUUUAGUUAAAGAAGAGCCUGUCACCUAUGAUGUGUCGAAGCUUGAGGUUCCUUCUGCAGUCACCCAGCCAGAUCCAUCAAGUAAAGGAGAGUCAUCUAGUGGAAAUGGUUCGAUCAGAGAAAAUAAUGGUCCUGAUCUGUUACAGUUUAUGGGUGAAAAAGGCACAGCUGAUGGGGUUCCCAUUUCAAAUGAAACGAGAAACAAUGGCAACCCGGCAAUGGUUUCAGAUGCUUUAGGUGCUAAAGGCACGCGCUUUCAUUCUUUGAAUGGAUCAGUCGGUUCUCAGUUUGAUGAGGAGGUAGCUCUGCUCCAAGAACCAAAACUUCCUCCAUCUUGUGAUGGUGUGGAUGACGGCAUGCAGCUUAACAAGAAGGCCAGUGAAAAUUUCUGUGUAACAGAUGAAGAAAAUAAAGAGAAUGAUCUUGAAGACACAAACUUCCAGCAUGUUGUGGUUAGCCAGGAGCGUCAAUUGACACCUGAAAGGAUAAGUUCACUCCAUGACGUUGUUGAUAUAGCCAAGGGACAAGAAAGAGUAGUAAUUACCCUGGUGAAUGAAUUUAAUGACAAGUCUCCGCCAUCUUUCUUCUACAUACCCAAAAAUGCUGUUUUCCAAAAUGCAUAUGUAAAUUUUUCUCUAGCUCGUAUAGGAGAUAAUAAUUGUUGUUCAACCUGUUCUGGUGAUUGUCUAUCAUUAUCCUUGCCUUGUGCAUGUUCACAUGAAACUGGCGGUGAGUUUGCAUACACAAGUGAUGGACUCAUCAAGGAGGAAUUCCUUAAAGAGUGUAUUUCAAUGAAUCGUGAUCCUGAAAAACACUGCCAGUACUUCUGUAAGGAAUGUCCACUGGAAAGGUCAAAAAAUGAAGAUAUCGUUGGAUCUUGCAAGGGUCAUUUGGUGAGGAAGUUCAUCAAAGAAUGUUGGUUGAAAUGUGGGUGUAAUAUACAGUGCGGCAAUCGAGUGGUACAAAGGGGAAUAAGUCGCAAUUUACAGGUGUUUAUGACUCCUGGUGGAAAAGGGUGGGGUUUACGUACCUUGGAGGAUCUGCCAAAAGGUGCCUUUGUCUGCGAAUAUGUUGGAGAAGUUUUAACAAAUGCGGAGCUAUAUGAUCGUGUACGGAGCUCCAAAGGGGAAGAACAUUCAUAUCCUGUGCUCCUUGAUGCUGAUUGGUGUUCGGAAGUUGUUUUAAAGGAUGAAGAUGCUCUUUGUUUAGAUGCUACAUAUUAUGGUAACGUAGCAAGGUUUAUCAACCAUAGGUGUUUCGAUUCAAACAUGGUGGAGAUACCUGUGGAAGUGGAGACACCUGAUCACCACUAUUACCAUCUUGCCUUCUUCACUACAAGAAAGGUAAAAGCUAUGGAAGAACUCACUUGGGAUUAUGGUAUUGAUUUUGAUGACCACGAUCAUCCCGUUAAGGCAUUUCGCUGUCAAUGUGGCAGCCGGUUCUGCCGCAGCGUAAAGCGUCCAAGUAGAUCCAGAUCUUCAAGGAGAUGACCAUGCGGCUAUUGAUUCUGCUUAACUCUGUUGAAAACUCAGGGAAUUACAUAAUUAACAGGACAGAUUCUGAUAUUUAAGAAUUUCCAUUUGACACAAUUAUAUUAGUGGCUCUUGGCUCUAUUGAAAAGCUAGUUGAGGCAGUUUUACUCAAAAUCUUUGCUCGGGAAGACAUUUGUUGAGUUUGCACAACUUGUAAGCCAGGACUCGAGGUUCGUUUCAUGCCUUCUUUGUCACACCCUUUAGUGCAUGUUUGGUACGUAGUACUACAUAAUAGUGGGAAAAAAAAAAUCUACUUUUCUUUCAUCGUUAAUUCUGUUCAGUGCCAUUAUGGCACAUGACCUUGUCAGUAUUAGUUUUGAACUUUUCUUCCUGUGAUCUUUGCACAUUUUCUGCUUAGCAGAGUCGACUAAGGCAGGUGUUAUCUUCCUUAGCCUGUUGUAUGUACACUGCUAAUGGAGUGAUUUACUUGCAGAUUCAACUCAUUUCUGUAUUAAUUUACUUCUUUGUUGAAGGUUUUUUGUAUCCCCAUUUGAUCGGGUGACAAAAAAGGAUUCAUGUAACUGGCUUUUAACUUAUUAAGUGUAAGACUUUGUUGUUUAUUGUUUA